CUUCGUCACGCGCACUCGCACGCGCGCCUUGUCGUAAGAGCUCGGUUUAGAUGCUACGUGGGUUUUAUCUGAAGAAACGUCGCGCUAUCAGCGGACCCAGACAAAGGAAACCGCAGGAAGGCAACUACACCCCAUAAUGGAUUGCAGAGGCAGAGUGUCGACCGCUGGCUGACCUGCAUCACUGGGAUCCGAUCUUUCUAACAAUGGAUCGGUUACAGCAAGAUGAGUUUUGAACCUCAAGAAUUGGUGAGCGUCGUCACAUACUGGCCAACUGAAAGUCCUUCCUCCUGGGAAAAGGACAACUGAGCAGGUGAAACAAAGACAUUCCUUCAGCAGAAGAGGACAGGAAACAGGAAAGACAUUUGAUCAAUGAAUCAGCGCUGUGUUUCCACAACUUGUUUUAAGAAUAAGGAGAGAUGAUGAAUCGCUACACCACCCUAAAGCAGCUGGGUGAUGGCACCUAUGGCAGUGUGCUGAUGGGGAGAAGCAACGAGUCUGGAGAACUGGUGGCAAUCAAGAGAAUGAAGAGGAAGUUUUAUUCAUGGGAAGAAUGUAUGAACCUAAGGGAGGUGAAGUCACUGAAGAAGCUGAACCAUGCGAAUGUGGUAAAACUGAAGGAGGUAAUCAGAGAGAACGAUCACCUCUACUUUGUCUUUGAGUAUAUGAAGGAGAACCUCUACCAGCUUAUGAAGGACAGAGAGAAUAAGAUGUUCUCAGAGAAUGAAAUUAGGAACAUCAUGUUUCAAGUGCUUUCUGGGUUGGUUUUUGUACAUAAGCAUGGAUUCUUUCAUCGAGACAUGAAGCCAGAGAAUCUGCUAUGCAUGGGUCCAGAACUGGUCAAAAUUGCAGAUUUUGGACUGGCCAGAGAGAUCCGCUCCAAACCUCCCUACACAGACUAUGUAUCAACUAGAUGGUACCGGGCUCCAGAGGUUCUGCUCAGGUCGUCUACCUACAGCUCUCCUAUUGACCUGUGGGCAGUGGGCUGCAUCAUGGCUGAACUCUACACUCUCAGGCCUCUUUUCCCUGGGAACAGUGAAGUGGAUGAGAUCUUUAAGAUCUGCCAAGUUCUUGGCACUGUCAAAAAGACGGAUUGGCCAGAGGGCUACCAACUAGCUGCUGCUAUGAACUUUCGCUUCCCCCAAUGUGUGCCGACCCACCUAAAGACCCUCAUCCCAAAUGCCAGCAAUGAGGCUAUCGCCCUGAUGAAGGACCUGCUCCAGUGGGACCCCAAAAAAAGACCCACUGCUGUACAGUCCUUGCGUUACCCGUACUUCCAGGUAGGACAGAUCUUAGGACCUCGUCCUCAGAGCCAGGAGGUUAAGAAGGUCCAGGCCAGGCCACUGGCCCAGAAGCAGGCCUCGGAGCCCAAGACUGAUCCCCAGCAGUCUUCUUCUGAGUCCAAAGCCUCCACAUCCUCCAGAAACCAACAGCAGCAGGAACAUCAUCAGCCUCUUCAGCAGAUCCCCCUUCCCCAAACAGAGAGUAAACCAGCAGGCCUCAGCCAUGCAAAAGCAGCAUCGCUGGGCAGUGAGAACACCAUCGGUGGUGGUGGGAUGGGGGCGGUGAAGAGUGGCCGUCGUCGCUGGGGCCAGACCGUGGCCAAGACCUCGGACAGCUGGGAGGAAUUUGACCCGACAGAAACUGCUGCCUCCAACUCCAAGAAACCUAGUCUGGGGAACACGGAGGAGGAGGGGAACCCUAAGGAGCCCCGCCCACAGCCCAAGGAGCAGAAACCGCUGUACUCCUUCAGCACAGUUACUAAGUUACCCAACAAUGUUAAGAUUGGCCAAAUGGACUCCAGUCUCCCAGGAUCUGCUGCACGACAGCACUAUCUGAGCCAGUCACGGUACUUGCCAGGGUUGAUUGGCAAGAAUCAGACAUCUGGAGAUAAGGAGUUGAGUGGUAUGACGCUGCGGGACCUGUGGGAGAACUCCCCAAACACUGUAAAUAAACCACUUGCUCCUAUUGGAGGAGGAUUAUCUGUCACCAGAGCCAACGCAGGGAACUUUGUAAGCACCAAAUACAACCUCUCUGGUGCUUACAUGCCUUCAUUCCAAAAGAAAGAGGUGGGCUCGGUGGGACAGAGAAUCCAGCUUGCCCCUUUGGCUGGCCAGCACGCAAUCAAUCUUUCUUCUUCUCCUGAUAAUAAAAAAGACAAACCAAAAUCUGCAAAGGCCAAGCCCAUAUCCAACUCAUCUUUAAGUGAAACUAAUGAAGAUUACGAGGGCUGGAAGAGGAGAGCAGACAGGACUCAGAUGAAGGGGAGCAGCUACUCAGCCCUAGGGAAAACGUCUGGGAAUCUCCUGACCAGAGCUCCCGCUGUGCAGCCUGUCCACGGCAGGGUGGACUGGACCUCCAAAUAUGGUGGAAAUCGGUAGUUCAGAAAGAAGGUGGUACAGCUUCUACUGCUUGUUGGACUGCGUUGCUCAGUGGUACACAUCUUUGGCUAAGGAAGCUAACCCUAAGCAGACUUUUAACCAUACUCAAACCUGUUGUAGUAAUGUUACAAAAGAUGUACGUGACACAUCCCAGUCUUUUUAGGAGACAUUUUGUAUGCCACAAUGGCAUAGUUUUGUUACCAGAGAGCCUGAGACAUGUAUGAUCUAACUGUAAAUGUGUAUGGAGUGUAUGUUUGGAUGACUGUUGCCAUGAUACUGAACCAAGACUGAUACUGUCUGCACGACAAUCCCACUGUACUCCUGAAGGAUCCAGUGUGAGCCAAUUCAUUCUACUGUUAGUGUUGGGGUAUUCUGAGUAGGAUUUAAAUGUAACAUAGCUUUUCAUUUUUUUUACUCUAGUUUUUAUUGUCAUGUAUUGUUUUACUACUGAUGGCAAAGGAUAAACAGACAUAUUAACGGUUCCUGCAAUGCUAUAUUCCCUCUGC